CGUUCAUUCACCGUUUCGUUUUAAAGGUCGUCCCUGGCCGCUGAAAUCGAGUAAAACCGAAAAGUAAACAACGCUAAGUACGUUCUCGAAAGCGUUGUUUCAAAUUGUCCACAUUUUCCAGUUGGGAUCCGUGCUGCAUAUGACUUUUUUUCUCUAAAAAUAUUUAGAACCUUGAAUUUUAGUAAUAAAAGAUUGACAACUCAUUGCGAGUUUUAGAAACUCUUCUUUUGGAGCUUUUGCUCCAAGGUCCCGUGCGCAGUAAGAUAGUUUGCCUCCGCCCGGCCACCGUCCGUCAGCGUUCUGCCUUAUUUUGUCCUCCGGCCGCCGCCGUUUCGGAUUACUCACCGAUCCGAGUUGUGAGGGAGAGGUGUCUGUUUCGGGGAAGCCGGCUUCUGUUGCCGGCGCCAUGGAGUCGCCUUUUAGUCCGGUUCUUCCUCAUGGACCAGAUGAAGACUGGGAGUCUACAUUGUUCGCUGAACUCGGCUAUUUCACAGACACUGAUGAUGUGCAGUUUGAUGCGGCACACGAGACUUAUGAAAAUAAUUUCGAUCAUCUUACUUUUGAUUUGGAUUUGAUGCCUUGGGAGUCAGACCUAUGGAGCCCCACCAGCCACUUCUGCUCAGACAUUAAGGCAGAGCCCCAGCCUCUUUCUCCGGCUUCCUCCAGGUGCUCCAUCUCCUCUCCUCGGUCCACAGACUCCUGUUCUUCAACUCAGCACGUUCCUGAGGAGUUGGAUUUGUUGUCCAGUUCUCAGUCUCCCCUUUCAUUAUAUGGCGACAGCUGUAAUAGCCCCUCCUCAGUAGAGCCACUGAAGGAAGAAAAGCCUGUCACUGGUCCUGGAAACAAAACGGAACAUGGUCUGACUCCAAAGAAAAAAAUUCAGAUGAGUUCAAAACCUUCAGCUCAGCCCAAGCCUUUAUUACUUCCAGCAGCACCCAAGACUCAGACAGACGCCAGAGUCCCAGCAAAAGCCAUCAUCAUUCAGACCCUGCCAGCCCUUGUGCCACUGGCAAAGCAGCAGUCAAUUAUCAGCAUCCAGCCUGCACCCACCAAAGGUCAGACUGUUUUGCUCUCUCAGCCUACUGUGGUUCAACUUCAGAGCCCCACAGUUCUGCCAUCUGCUCAGCCAGUUCUUGCUGUCACCGGAGGAACCACGCAGCUACCUAACCAUGUAGUGAAUGUGGUGCCAGCCCCUGUGGUGAACAGCCCGGUGAACGGAAAGCUUUCCGUGACUAAACCCAUUCUACAAAGUGCCACCAGAAGUAUGGGGUCAGAUAUUGCUGUGCUGAGGAGACAGCAGCGCAUGAUAAAGAACAGAGAGUCUGCUUGUCAGUCGCGCAAGAAGAAGAAAGAGUAUAUGCUGGGACUGGAGGCCAGGCUGAAGGCUGCGCUCUCAGAGAACGAGCAGCUGAAGAAGGAGAAUGGCUCCCUGAAGCGACAGCUGGAUGAGGUGGUGUCAGAGAACCAGAGGCUCAAAGUCCCAAGUCCAAAGCGAAGAGCUGUCUGUGUGAUGAUAGUACUAGCAUUUAUAAUGCUGAACUAUGGGCCCAUGAGCAUGCUGGAGCAAGAUUCCAGGAGAGUGAAACCUAGUGUGAACCCUGCCAAUCAAAGGAGGCAUCUCUUAGAAUUUUCAGCGAAAGAAGUUAAAGACACAUCAGAUGGUGACAACCAGCAAAACAGUUACAGAUAUGAUCAUUCUGUGUCCAAUGACAAAGCCUUAAUGGUGCUAAGUGACGAACCAUUACUUUAUAUCCCUCCGCCUCCAUGUCAGCCCCUGAUUAACACGACAGAGUCUCUCAGGUUGAACCAUGAACUUCGAGGCUGGGUUCAUAGACAUGAAGUGGAAAGGACCAAAUCUAGAAGAAUGACUAAUAGCCAACAGAAAACCCGCAUUCUCCAGGGUGCUCUGGAACAGGGCUCAAAUUCUCAGCUGAUGGCUGUCCAGUACACAGAGACCACUAGCAUCAGUAGGAAUUCCGGGAGUGAGCUGCAAGUGUAUUACGCUUCGCCUGGGAGCUACCAAGGCUUCUUUGAAGCCAUCCGCAGGAGGGGAGAUACAUUCUACGUUGUAUCAUUUCGAAGGGAUCACCUGCUAUUACCAGCUACCACCCAUAACAAGACCACAAGACCAAAAAUGUCAAUUGUAUUACCAGCAAUAAACAUAAAUGAUAAUGUGAUCAAUGGGCAGGAUUAUGAAGUCAUGAUGCAGAUUGACUGUCAGGUGAUGGACACCAGGAUCCUCCACAUCAAAAGCUCCUCAGUUCCCCCUUAUCUCCGAGAUCAUCAGAGGAACCAAAGCAGCACCUUCUUUGGUUCCCCUCCAACAGCCACAGAGACGACCCAUGUGGUCAGCACCAUCCCUGAGUCAUUACAGUAGUGCCCCGAGCUGCACUGGACAGCAGAGAAUGAAGAGCUGCUGAGGAUCCUGCUCUCUGCCUCCUGGGCAAGCAGAGGACUGCCUCGAACUGCACCUCCAGGGGAAGAGAAAGAGUACAAGAAGCCACUCUGCUUUUCACCGGCUACCCAAUGGGGCAGCACUGCUAAAGAGCAGUUCUCUGGUGGCAGUGCAGCCCUGCGGGCAGUGUCUCCUGGUGUUGGUUCUGCUGUGUCGUAUUCAGUGCUUUUCCCAUUGUGUGUUUUGUUCUCAGUCAUCUUCCUUCGGGUCAGACCCACUUCCUCUUCUGUCCACUGCGCUUCCUGGCACAGUAAAGAUUUGUAUUUAAAGCUUUAGAUCACAUGCUGGUGUGGUUUCCACCAAUUGGCUUUCUCUCUCCUUUGCUUCAAAUCCAUUCUGAAUAUUAUACUUGAGAAAAGACAUUUCAAAAAACCGAGCAGCCAAAAACAUCCCACAAAGAGUCAAAACGGCUCAGAGUUUGGGUAAAGGGAUUAUCUCUGGUUGGUAGAGUUUAUUUUUACUUGUGAUUUGUGGUUCAGCCCUGGACAGAUAACUGUUGUGGGAUCACAGAGUGAGCCACACACUGGAGACAAGGGAAGGGAAGGUCGGUGGAAUGGAAGAGGAGGUGACUCUGUUUUCAUAUGUGUUUAAACACGGAGUUCAUGUGGUCUCUGUAAACUAAGAGCCACAGCCACCCCUCACUCUUGAAACUUUGCUAAUCAGCAAAAAUCUUUAAAGACCUCAGGGCAAAUGCUUUCCUCUCUUUGUGAACCCUCACCAGGACACGCUCCUAUGAAACCAGACUCAGCAAAGGAACUUGGAGGUAGGUGACCAGGCUUAAGCAAGACUAGAGUUUCCCUUAAGGACUGACAGUACACAGAGCAGCAAGAGUGGAUUCGCAGACAGGCUGCAGCACAGUACGGUGCAGUUCUCAGUUUCUUCAAUGGAAAGAUGAUAAAGGAAUUAAGCUUUGUUGUUGCUUUGGCCACGAACACGCCUUUAAUCCUGGUAUUUGGAAGGUAAGACAGGCUUUGUUUGAUAAGAGCCUGGUCUACAUAUCAAAUCCUAGGACAGGACAGCUAAAGCUAUAUAGAGGUAGAGAAGCCACCUCAAAAAGAAAUGAAUGAGUGAAUGAAUGAAUGAAUGAAUAAAUGAAUAAAUACAAACAAAAGGCAAAAGUUAUGUUCAUAUAUUUAUGUAUUUUCUUGUAUUUUGCCUGCUUCCUCCACCAUAGCAAACAGCUAAAUUUAUAUUGCACUAUCCAUUGCACGUUAUAUUCACAGAAAUGGAUGUCAGGACUCAUGUCUUUUCUUGUUUGCUGCCUCCCUUACUAGGAUUUCAGGUUUUGAUAGACUCUUUCCAGCUGGCUUGCCUUUGCCAGGUGGUCCCAUUCCAGUGCGCACAGUGGCUGCUAAGUCCUCUUCUCCCUACAAGGAAAAAUAAAGCCAGCCCUUAGGGGGAGCACGCAGUCAGGUCAUCUUCCGCCUGUGGCCCUGUUAUGCCUGGCACUCUUCACCAACAACUAUUCCCUGGAGAGCACUGCUGCCUUCCAAGCUGGUUAGACACUUCCAAGGCGGGGCCAUUCUCACUGAAUUCAGUGCUGCAGUCCAUCCUGAUUGGCUGUCUGGUGAUUUUCAGACAAGACCUGUUUGCCCCGGGGACCAGUCCUCUAAUGGGUGCCAAGGAGAAGAUAGCAAAUGCAUGGGAUACCUUUAGGAGUAGCCAUUUGUGGGGGAAGUGGGCUACCCUGUGGCCCUGUCCUUCCUGCCUGUGAAGCAGCUCAACAGGAGGCUGUGGCUGUAGGCUGAGGCAGCAUGCUCAUUCCUGAUGCUGAUCUGCGGAGAUGCAAAUAGUGUCUGCAGUGAUUCCGGGGUACCAAUGCCUCGGACUAAAGACCUCCAUAGCGUCACGUUUGCUAAGGCUGACGCCUCUCCUACAGGUAACAGUGGGGAUGAUGGUUGGAAGGCACAGCCAAAGAGCAGACAGAAGCUAAGGUGGCCACAGCACAGGUCAGGGAGUCAAGGAACUGGAGAGGACUGUUCAAAACUAGACUGACGCCCUCGCUGGCCCGUCAGGUCCCAUCAGGUCCCGUCAGGUCCCUCCAUUACCUUAGGUCGGUCUUAUGGGAUGAGGAAUGGGGCCCUCCUCAGGAGAGUUUCAGAAACCAAGGAAAGGCAAUUGACAGAUACAAAGAAGUUCCCUGCCAUUUAAAUUGCUGAAAGAGCUAUAAUCCCUGAGCUCAGUAGUUUGUAUCUUAAUGUUUGAAUGCUAGCACAGGUCCAUUGGAGAGGGAAAGCUGCUGUUCUGGGAGCAAAUUAAGCAGCCAUUCAGAUCUCAUUUUUUAUUUUGGUGAGAUUGCCCUUGGGAGUUUAUAGUCUGGAAAUGUAGGAGCUAUGUGUGUAUAUAAUAUAUGUAUAUUUUUUAAUUUAUUAAGUUUAAAAUGUGAUUUUUCAAGUUAAUAAAAAUAAAUUUGAGCUAGAGAAAUGGCUCAGUGGUUAACAGCACUUACUGCUCUUCCAGAAAACCCAGGUUCAGUUCCCAGUUUACAACUGUCUAUAACUCCAUUCGGAACAGGGGGUGGGGAGGUAGGUCAGGGGGACCCUCUGCCUUUUUCAGGCCUCUUUAGGCACCUGACACACAUGGUGUACAUACAUGUGUUCAGGCAAAACACAAUAUACAUAAAAAAUAAAAACAAAUCUUGUUUUUUUUAGCUAGAUAAAUUCCAGAGGAAGUCACACCACCUGUUAUUACAUGAUUUUGUGCCCUGGGCUGAUGGUGCUGUAAUGUUGGGAAGUGUUGAUGGAGACUGGCGGUGUGGUCUUUCAUGUGUUUGCAAGUCCUCUGCUUUUAAAUUCAGUGGGAGUAGCUGGAUGUUUCCUUGUGUUAAGUCCUGAGUCAGAACAGCUUCUCUCUGCAGUUAGCUCAUAGAACAGCUUCCUUAGAAUAUAACGUAACCCUGCUUUUAAGUCAGGAGGUAAUGUGAAAGGAUGCUUGAGAGAUGAACGUCAGCACAAAGCUGGCCCCCUUUGCCUUUCUCGUUAGUAAGAAAUAGACUCUGGGCUGGGGAGAUGGCUCAGCCAGUGAGAGCUUUUGCUGCAUUUCCAGAGGACCAGUUCCAGGAGAUCCACUGCCCUCUUCUGGGCUCCCUUGGCAUCUGCACACACAUGACAGUCACUAACACAGACAGACACACAUAAAUAAUAAAAAUAUUAAUAAUGAGGCAGACAAGGAGUUACUCAAAAGUUACAUUAUGUAUGUCAUCCCUGAAUUUUCCCAAUAACUGUUACUCAAAAACAGAGGGAACUGACUUUUCUCUCAUACGUUUAAAGAGACUGUCAUGGUUCAUGACAUGGUUUAUCUUGUUGGCCCAAAUCUCCAUCCUGAGCUAAUAUCCUCCAGUAGUUACAGCUGCCCGAUGCUGUUAGUCAUGGCUGCCAGGACUAGAGUAUUUAACCCAGGAAAACUCCCACAGAUCCGCUGUGGGACUGUAAGGUUGUAAUUACAGUAUUUCUGUAAGACUUGGAUUUAUCUAGUUAAAAAAGUCUUGACUUGGGAGGCAGAGGCAGGCAGAUUUCUAAGUUCGAGGCCAGCCUGGUCUACAGAGUGAGUUUUAGGACAGCCAGGGCUACACAGAGAAACCCUGUCUAAGAAAAACAAAACAGUCUUGCUGUUUUACUAUGAAAUUUGACAGAAAUGUACCACAGCAACAAACUAGGAAUCAUGGUGACUUCCUCCCACAUCAAAAACUUCCAGUUGGGCUUCUGCUUUUCUAGCAUUUCAGGAGUUCUUACACUUCCUACCUAGAGAGCCAGUGUUCCUGUCCAGUGGCUACCCAUUCUGAUCUCAUGGAGGUGCCCCCUUCAUCCCCAUACCCCCACCCCAUGAUAGCCUUCUUUCCACCUCAGCCUGGGGGUGCUGACCUCAUCCUUCAGCAGGUACAUAGACCUCAACUUCCACGUGUGACCUGUAGCUCCAUCAUAGGAAUCAACCCCCCAAGCUCUCCACAUAUUCCCACAUUUGAGAGUAGCUUAUUGCCACCUAUAAACCCAUAUUCCUUACCCACCUGUUCUCUCAUCAGUGUGGGGCAUUUUAAUUUACGUAAGUAAUGUUUUUUUUUUGUUUUUUUUUUUUUUUUUUUUUUUUUUUUUUUUUUUUUUUUUUUUGCUGCUAAUAUGAACACCAGUUAUAUUUUUAACCAAAAGAAAAAAAGUAAGGCCUAGAAGGAAGAGAAUGGAUUGAAGACACUGUCAUUCCCACCCUGAUCACACUUGGAAAGAGACAUUUCCUCCCCAGUCCCCACUACAGUAAUUGUGGGUGAUUUUUAAUUAACUACUGGACUGCCUAGGAAGAAAUUCCCAGAGUCCAAAAGGAACUAUGCACAUAGAGAAAAUCAGGUUUCUCCUGCCUAAGGAACUCUGUUAUUAUUCUGUUAGCUUAUAUUUUUAAUAACUAAGCUUAAAACAUAGUUUAUUUUGGAUAUUGCUAGAACUUGCACCAAUUCUAAUAUCUGUCAGGUACUCAUAGAAUCUAUGAAAAACAAAAAAGAUAAGACUGUGAUUAGGAAACUUUCUGAGUCAUGGCAUGGCCAACCAGUGUCACAAAACAACCCUGUGCUUGACUAGCUUUAAGCAUUACAGAUUCAGUGCGUGAAAAGGAUUAUAUUGGGUUCAAGAACUAAAGGGCCAACAAGUCAUCUGUGAAGGUCAACAAAUACCACACUGGUGUGCUUUUUGUCCUCUGUCAAGCUGGUGACCAUAGUCAAAUGAAGCAGGAAGUGUGGCAUAUUCCCCAGGAUGCUAAUCCCAGACUGAAUCAGCAGAUCGGAUUCACAGCAGGUGUGUGUCAAUUGGACCAUCCUAGUUCAUUAUCACCUCUACUUUCUGGCCAGUUGCAGGGGAUGAAGAAAGCUACGAAGCACUGCUAUCUUUGAUCUUUGAGAUUCUAGGGUUGUUGGUUGGUUUUUUUUUUUUUUUCCUUUUCAUCAUGGUAAUGAGGUUCAGUGAAGCCAGUGGCUUAAGUGAGCAUAAACCCAUGCUCAUUUAAGAGUGGGUGAGAGAUGGAUGGGGUAUGUAGCUUAGAUGGAAGACUGCUUGUUUAGAAUGCCCAAAGCUGUGGUUUCCUUCACCACAUAAACCAGGAUGGGAGAAUGUGCUUAGAAGCCUAGCAUUUGGGAGGUGGAAGUGGGAAGAUCACGAGUUAAGGGUCAACCUGGGCUACAUGGGACCCUGUCUUAACCAUGUGUGGAAGAAAUUCAGGAAAAAAUGUAUUGUUCUCUCCCUGAAUAAUUAUGUCCGUUUACAAUAAAUAAUGGCAACAGA